AUGUCGGCGUUCGAGAAGCUCGACCAAAUCGACGAACAAGAUGGCGUAUCUGCCGACGAGCAACAGAAGGAACGGGGCGAUUUCGAAGACGGCCAUCUUAAGACCGAGUCGUCCCUCCGCUUGUUGCAAGCACGAACUCGAGCGGCGCAACAGGCGACCGCAGCCGCAGCGCCAUCCAGCGCCGCGCAACGAAGCCAGUCAUCAAACACACCGACGACUGCAUCUGUCAAACUUCCCGAGAUCAAACUAACCCCAUUCGACGGUGAAUGGGAGAACUGGUUGACUUUCAAGAAUAUAUUUACGGAGCUUAUCCAAAACAAUGUGCGAUUGAACGACACACAGCGGUUCUAUUACUUACAGUCAUACGUAAGCGCGGGAUCGGCGAGGCAAUACGUCGAACUUCCGCUCACCGCCGAAAACUAUGCCGUCGCGUGGCAGCAGCUGACGCAGCAUUACGAUAACGAAGCUCGCAUUAUAAAGAAACACAUCAAGAAUUUCUACGAUUUGAAGAUAACACAAGAAGACUCCGCAUCAUCCUUGCAGACUCUGAUUGACGGAGUGCGGCGAAACUAUCAUGCCUUGAGGGCUCUCAAGCAACCGGUUGACAAGUGGGAUGCGUUUCUCACGUAUCAUAUUACGACUAAACUCGAUGCAGCGUCAAGGAAGGAGAUCGAAUCAAAGGCUCCGACCGACAGAAUACAAACCUUCGAGGAAAUCAUGACAGUGCUAGAAGAACGAGUGCGCGUGUUAGAGGCAAUUGCGACAAGUGUGCGCGCGAAACCGGAAAGGUUCAGUAAGGCCUUUGUAGCUACAUCAAAGGUUAUGUGUGGCAUAUGUCAAGCGGAGCAUUCAGUGUUCAAGUGCAAGAAGCUAACGGACCUGCCGGUAAAUCAAAGAAUAGCAGCAGCGCGUAAAUUAAAUCUCUGCAUUAAUUGUUUAGGCAGUUCACAUCGUGCGAUAGAUUGCAAAUCCGGAGGCUGCCGAAUCUGUCAAAGGCGGCAUCACACGCUACUCCAUUUGAAGACAAACGCGCUCGAGUCUCCGACACAGCCAAACGCGAUCGACACAAAGGAUGCCUCGUCUAACGGAAGUAAACAAGAAGCUAACGUGAGCUCAUCGACAACGACUUGCAAUUUGAAUGUUCGUCCGGAACCUAAAGUCAAGCAAGUAUUACUAGCUACUGCGAUAAUCAAAAUUUAUGAUUUUAGUGGACAGGAGCAUCUAGCUCGAGCACUCCUUGACGGGUGCUCUCAAAACAGCUUUAUAACUACACGCAUGUAUCAAACGUUGCGACUGAAGGGAAGAAGGGUUAACCUUCAAGUAACUGGAUUGAAUGAUGCUCAAACACGGGCACAUAUUAUUGUACGCACAACUAUAGGAUCACGCAUCUCGUCCUUUAGAACACCUAUUGAACUGCUAGUUACAGAACAUAUCACUCAGAAUAUGCCGAUCUGCCCCAUCGAGGAUGCUAUGCAGAUUCCGACGACCGUUCAAUUGGCUGAUCCGCAAUUUCACACGCCCUCCAAGAUUGACUUGCUAAUUGGAGCCAAUAUUUUCUGGGAUCUACUCACGGGAGAUCAAAUCGCGAUGAAGCAUGGAUUUCCAAAACUACAUGGCACGGUCCUAGGUCACAUAAUAGGAGGACGAAUUCUGGAGAAAAAUCGCCAGCCGAAACUGACAGUGUCACUUGCAUGUACGGUGAAUAAUUUGAACGAGCAAAUACAAAGAUUCUGGUUGCAAGAGAAAGUGAUCAAGGAUCGGGCAUUAUCACUCGAAGAAAGGGAGUGCAAGCUACAUUACAAGCAAGCAACGGUGAGAAAGCCGGACGGAAGAUACUCCGUGUCACACCUUACGAAGCCGGAGAUCACGAAUCUCUCCGAUACCAAGAUGGCAGCAUUGCAGCAGUUUCUUCGGUUGGAGCAACGAUUACGAAGAGAACCUGAAAUACAGAAAUUGUACCACGACUUCAUGCAAGAAUACAUCGAUUUAAAGCACAUGGAGCCGGUAAACGAGACAUCUGAUUCUGAGCCAGAGGCGGUGCAAUACUACUUGCCGCAUCAUCACGUUCUUAAGCCCAGUAGUACUACUACAAAACUACGAGUGGUUUUUAAUGCCUCGUUUAAGAUAGAACCACAUCUAUCACUUAAUGACGUUCUGAAGGUAGGUCCCACGAUACAAUCAGACCUAUUUACCGUAAUUCUUCGUUUCAGAACUUACAUAUACGCACUGACGGCCGACAUCAUUAAGAUGUACAGGCAGAUAGAAAUACACAAGGAUCAAAGAUGUUUACAACGCAUUUGGUGGCGUCCAAAUUUUCUUGCGGAGAUUCUCAGUUAUCAGCUUAACACUGUGACAUAUGGAGAGGCCGACGCUCAGUUUCUAGCAACACAGACCGUACAACAAUUAGCCGAAGAUGAAAUGAAGGAUUUCCCUGAGGCCGCUCGCGCAGUGAUUGAAGAUUCUUACGUUGACGACGUCACAACGGGAGCGUCGACGAUUCAGCAACUUAAGGAUUUGCAGCAACAAUUACAAUCUCUCAUGCGGCGAGGCGGAUUCGAACUACACAAGUGGGCAUCCAAUUGCAACGAGGUGUCUACGAACCCUGCAAGCAGCGUUGCCUUUCCCAAGGCUGAUCAAACUCGCACACUAGGACUGAUCUGGCAAACUGGAGACGAUCAAUUCGUACUAACGUGGGACAAGGUCGAGGAACGCCACAACUACUCGAAGAGAAUGAUCCUGUCUGAAAUAGCUAAACUUUACGAUCCUCUUGGACUCAGCGCACCAUUGGUAUUCUGGGCCAAGGUGUUAAUGCAAGAAUUGUGGAAGAUUACAGAUCUCCAAUGGGACGACCCUCUACCAGAACCAUUACAAGAAAAAUGGAUAACUUUCCGCAAGCAGCUCAAUGUUUUAGUGGAAAUCAAAAUACCAAGAUGUGCCCUCCCUCCGAAUGCCGUCGCACUGGAACUUCAUGGAUUCGGGGACGCGUCUGAGCUCGGUUUCGGAUGUUGCAUUUAUCUAAGGGCUCUUGAUCAAAUGGGCAACUACACCAUAAAUCUUUUGUGCGCUAAAUCUAGAGUCGCGCCGCUGAAGAAGACUACCAUUCCAAGACUGGAACUUCAAGCCGCGCUCCUACUAGCGGAGCUCGCCGCGAAGGUGACCGGCGCAAUAGCAUUGGUCUAUCGACUCAUCUGCCUCUGGACGGAUUCAACAAUUACUCUAUAUCGUAUUCGAUCGCAAUCAAGUCGCUAUACAACCUACGUGGCAAAUAGGAUUGCCCGCAUACAAGAAUUGAGCACGCCGGAGCAAUGGAGACACGUUCCAGGCGAACUGAACCCAGCGGACUUGGUAUCUCGGGGCCUUCUACCAGAGGCUCUCAGUAAGGCAGAUAAUUGGUUUCACGGGCCUGUCUUCCUAAAGUACGAAGAAUCCGAAUGGCCAUCCCUACGGCUAGGGCGGACGGAAUCCAACGACCAGACUGACGAGGAAUUGAAAAAGGCCAUCAACGUAUCUUGCAUAGCGACGGUAGCGGAUCCCGUGAUGAAUUACUCGAGCUACACGAAAACGUUGCGAAUCAGUGCCCGUUGCCGCAGAUUCGUUGCAAAUUGCAAAGCGACGCGAGACAGAAGAGACUAUGGCCCUCUAUCAGCCUCUGAAUUGAAUGAGGCCUUGCUGGGAUUGAUACGAGCUGCACAAUCUGAGGACUUCGCUCAGGACAUCAAGAAAUUACGAGAAUACGGUACUACUGAUUACAAGGGCAUAGUGCAGUCCCUUCGUCCCUACCUCGAUGAACAUCACAUUCUUCGUGUAGGAGGUCGACUCCAGAACUCCGAUCUGGAAGAUAAUCAGCGUCAUCCGAUGCUGCUACAUGCGAAAAAUAAACUAAGUAGACUAAUCGCUCGACACUAUCAUAAAGCAAACCUGCACGCGGGACCUCAAGCCUUAUUAUACACCCUGCGGCAGCAAUUUUGGAUCAUCGACGGACGCAACUUGUGUCGAAAAACGGUGCAUAACUGCGUGCGCUGUUUCCGGGCGAAACCUAUCAUAGCGGAGCAAGUGAUGGGCUAA